AUGCAGGGCUUUCUGAAAGAUGCCGAUCUAAGACAACGGAAUGAGGAAACAGUGCGCAUUUGGGUGGCCGAGAUUAGGGAUGCUGCUUAUGAUUUGGAGGAUGUUAUUGAACUUUUCGCAUUGAAGGUGGCUUGCAAGAGGAAAGGAGGCUUCAAGUAUGUUAUGAAAAGGCUUUCUUGCAUCCUCAGCGAAGGAGUGGAUCUCCACAAGAUUGGUUCAGAAAUUGAGAGCAUUAUAACCAAAGUUAUUAACUUGAGGUUGAGCAUGCAGACUUACAAUAUAAGGGAGACUGGAGAUGGGAAUUCCUUGCAACUGUAUGAGACGCAACAACAGCUCAGGCGAACUUAUUCUCAUGUUAUUGGACGUGAUGUUGUUGGGCUACAAGAUGAUGUAAAAGAGUUGAUUGUGCAUUUGGUGAAUGAUGAAAACUGUCAUCGAGUUGUUUCUAUAUGGGGGAUGGGUACGUGGAUUGGCGAAGACCACUCUUGCACAACAAGUCUAUCAUCACAAACAAGUCCGAAGUCAUUUUGGUUGUUCUGCUUGGAUGUGUAUUUCUCAACUGUGUAA